AUGUUACCCAACGGUAGUGUCAGCAAACCCCACAGUAACUAUUUAGGCUGCCGGCUGCCUUGUGACGCAUGCUCCAUCCCUCGCUCCUUUCAUUCCAUUUCUCACCCUAGAGCGAAGACCUCAGCUAUCAUGGCAGGUGUAGAGGACGCUCAGCAUCAUGCGUUUCUCGCUGUAGCGGCCCGGACGACGUUGUUUUUCCUGGCACUUUUCACCGGACUUUGCAUUGUUCUCAUGGGUCGGACCUUGUUUCAGAGCCUUGAUGAUGCCUAUUUCUUCCCGAAAGACCCGGCUCUCCCCCCAGACUAUAUUCCUGAAGCCUAUCCCGCUGUCGUGCAGUUUAUUCCAGUUGUUUUUGCAGCCAUGGUUAUGUGGAUCAUUGUCGUUCAAUUGAACCACCAGGACCCGCAUCCUAAGACCGCCGCGAGAUUGGAGAUGCUAAAGGGACUGUCUGCCACCGCCGCCUGGUUGUGGCUGCUCCUGGACAUAAUCAAUUUUGUUCCUAGGCAUGAUCCGUACUGGAAGUAUAGGGAAAGGAAGAUCGUAUUUCGGGCAACGUCUAUCAUAAUCCUAUUCAUAUUCUUUUAUCCUCUCAUGUUCUGGAGAGCAAUACUGGCCCGGCAGGCCAAACAGAAAGCUGGCGUAGUCGAGCAAAGAGCCACGAGAGAUGAAAGCACGCCUUUGCUGCAGCACCAAUGAACCUCUCGAUCCAGGGCAUGGGUGGAAAGUGCAAAACCUUCCCUCGAAUAAGCCAUAAAAAGGAUUUCAUGAAGAGUGGAAGGGACAAUCGAGGAGGAGACCAUCUUAGCGCGGGGAGACCUAGUGGACAUUCCGAUCUAGACCACUUGAGCCAAUAUGGAUGUUUGCGUUUAACACCAGUGAUGUUUCGUCCUCGCUUCGAUUUCGCUAGAACGCGAAGUAUGUCUCGGUACACACGGCCACCAAUUAUUCGCCAUUUAUUACUGCUGUCAG